AAUCGAAUUUAUGAUUUUUAUAAUUCAUUUAAGUAGAUUCAAGGCUAAAUAUAUUUUUAAAGAUAAAUUAAAUUCCUUAAUAUUUUAUUAAACAAAAAUUAUUAAAAUAUAUAGACAGAUAGAUAAUUAAUCAAUCGAUCAUAUAUAUAUUACAUAUUAUUGGAGAUGGUAACAACAGAAAAAGCAAAAUCUAUUCCUAAAUCAAAGGUUAAAGCAGAAAAGUUGUCUGAAGGCAAAACUGCUAAGCCAGAACAUUUAACUUAAAAAAAAUCCAAGUUGGAGAAGAAACAAAAGAAGGAGGCUAAAUAAAAAGUAGAAGAAGAAUAGUAAGAUAUCGAAGAAAUAGAUUAAGAUGUAGACUCUUAAGAAUAAGAUGAAAUCGAUCAAGAAGAAAAUAAUUCUCAAGAAGAGGAAGUUGAUGAUUUAAAAAAUGGCGAUAAUAAAUAAAAAAAUGAUGAUAGCAAUGAUUAAGAUGACGAAAAUGAAGAAAAAUCUGGCAAUAAACACAAAGUGUUUUUCUUGACAAUUGAUUAACUUAAAGAAAAAGAAAUGAAUUUAUAAGAAAGAUUAAAACAAUUAACAGGUGGUGAGAAUAAAAACAAAAGAAAAAGAAUCUUUUAUGAAUUAAAAUAGAUCUCUUUAGCACUUUAAAACCCUGAAAAAUAUGUUCGCAAUCCUUUUGAAGAAGCAAAGAAAAAAAAGCAAGAUAUGAAAAAGAGAAUUUAAAAAAAGAUUGAAAAGAAGAAAAAAGAAUAAAACAAAAAGAAAAGUGAUAAGAGAAAAGAGAGACGUUAGAUAGUUAACUUGUAAUGUUUAGGAUGUAGAGAAGUUGGUCAUUUAGUUGCUGAUUGUCCUAAUGCUAAAAGUAGCAAGGCCAAGUAAAAUAUAUGCUAUAACUGUGGUUCAAAUGAGCACACUCUUAAGGAUUGUAAAAAGAAGAAAACUGGCGCUCUCAAAUUCGCUUUUUGCUUUGUUUGUUAGAAAUAAGGUCAUAUUAGUAGAGAUUGUCCUGAAAAUGAUAAAGGUCUUUAUUACAAAGGUGGUGGUUGCUUUAUUUGUGGUGAUGUUCAUCAUACUCAAGCCAACUGUCCAAAGAACCCAGUUAAUUCUUUAAAAGCAAAAUAAGAUGAUUUCGAAGAAGAUAAAAAGGGUAAAAAAGACUAUAAAAAUAAAAGUAGAAAUGAAGAUACAACUUACAAUAAUGAAGAAGAACCUGAAUUUUGA